AGUUCGUGUUCCUUAUCUCAUUCGGGCUUCACUUACAAAGCACAAAUUCAAAGAUAAAAUUAUUAAGCAUUUCAAGAUGGCAACCUCAGGGCAUCACCCCCCAAGCGUGAGGCCCUUUUGGGAUCCUGUGCCCUUGCUUGCUUCUCACCGUGGAACCCGGAGCGUGUGUGGACUGCAGACAGAUGGACAGACAGACGUGGCCCGAGGCAAGCAGGGAGGCUGAGUGCCCUUGGGGAGCAGGGUGGGCACUGGGUUCUCCUCUUUGUCUCUGUAUGUAGCAGAUGUUUGCCUGGUGAAAGAAAGGAAGACAGACAGAAGGAAAGAAAGAAAGAAAAAAGAAAAAGGGAAAGAAAGAAAGAAAGAAAGAAAGAGGAAGGAAAGUGAGAAAGAAAGAAAAAGAAGGAAAGAAAGAGGAAAGAAAAGGAGAAAGAAAGAAGGAAAGAAAGAAAGAAAGAAAGAAAGAAAGAAAGAAAGAAAGAAAGGAUGAAUUCUGCCUCCAGUACCUCACCUGGAGCCCUUACUCACUGACUCCCCCGAGAGCCCCCACUGCCAGGACUGCCCUUCCCCCCCUCCCCCGAGGCUGGAACAGGGCUCCUUCCCUGUUGAGGCCCAGCCUUGAACCCUUUCUGCCCUGUUGCUGCCUUCUGUGAAAGGAGAAGUUGCAAGAAGGGAUUCUCCAGGACAUUGCGGUUCCCUUCCUGCAGUUCCCCUUCUGUGGAUGGUCACUAUCCACUUCUUCCCCCACAAGAAGCUUCCUGUCGCAGCUUCCUUCCAGGACAGACAGGCACGCCUAGAAGCCAGACCGUUCGGUGGCGGGCCCGGCCCCCGGGGACCCCAGGGAUGCUGCUGCCGUUGCUGCUGCCGCUGCUGUGGGCAGGGUCCCUGCAGGAGAAUCCCGGGUACAAGCUGCAGGUGCAGAAGUCCGUGACGGUGCAGGAGGGCCUGUGUGUCCGCGUUCCCUGCACCGUCUCCUACCCCGGGGUUCGCAGGAGCCCCUCUGCACCUGUUUAUGGCUCCUGGUUCCGGAAAACCUAUAACCCCAAAGGGGAUGUUCUCAUGGCCACAAACAAGCCUGCCAAGGGCGCAAAGAGGAAGAACAGAUUUUCAUUUCACCUCGCCGGAGACCCUGGGGACAGGGACUGCUCCCUGAACAUCACAGACGCCCAGAAGGGAGACAGUGGAAAGUAUUAUUUUCAACUGGACACAGGUUCCAUGAGACGCAGUUACCAAAGUGACCUGCUCACUGUGACUGUAAGAGCGCUGACACAGACCCCGGAUAUCCGUAUCGAGGAGCCCCUGGCGUCUGGCUCUCCCAGCCACCUCACAUGCUCUGUGCCCGGGGUCUGUGAUGGGGUGACCCCCCUCACCCUCUCCUGGACGGGAGCUGCGCUCGGACCUCUGGGACUGGACCUGGAGGCCUAUAACUCCUCGGAGCUCCUGCUCACCCCCCGUCCGCAGGACCACGGCACCAACCUCACCUGUCAUGUGACCUUCCCCAGGGCUGGUGUGAGCACGCAAAGCACCAUUACGCUCAACGUCUCCUAUGCUCCACAGAACUUGACCAUCGGCAUCUCCCGAGGGAAUUGCACAGAACUGAAAUACCCGGGGAAUGGCUCAUCUCUUCCAGUCCUGGAAGGGGAAUCUGUGCUCCUGGUCUGUGUCGCCGACAGCAACCCUCCGGCCACACUCAGCUGGGCCCAGGGGAGCCGGACUCUGAGCCCGUCCCAGCCUUGGAAGCCCGGGGUCCUGGAGCUGCCCCGAGUGGAGUCGGGCCACGAAGGCGAAUUCACCUGCCGAGCUCAGCACGCUCUGGGCUCCCAGCACGUCUCCCUGCGUCUCUCUGUGGUCUGCCCCCCGCGGCUGCUCGGCCCCUCCUGCUCCUGGGAGGGUGAGGGGCUGGGCUGCACCUGCUCCGCCCGAGCCCGGCCGGCCCCCACCCUGCGCUGGAGGCUGGGGGAGGGGCUGUUGGAGGGGAACCACAGCGACGCCUCCUUGACCGUCACCUCCAGCUCCGAGGGGCCCUGGGCCAACAGCUCCCUGAGCCUCACGGGGCCGCUGCGCUCCGACCUCAGACUCGGCUGCGAGGCCCGGAAUGAGCACGGGGCCCAGAGCACCGCCGUCCUGGUGCUGCGGCCAGCGCAGCCUCUGCUUGGGAGAGGAUUCGUUCUGGGGGCUGCCGGGGGCCUGCUCUGUCUCUGUCCUUGCCUCGUCUUUUUCAUAGUGAAGACCCGCAGGAAGCAGGCCCCAGAGACAGCAGCUGGUGGCAAGGAAGCUGCCUGCAUGUUGGGUCCCAUCUCCUGGGGUUACCAGCAUGAGGAUCGGUCAAGCACCCCCCUGGACCACCCGCCCCCAGCCAUGGCCACUCCCUCCUCGGAGGAGGAAAAGGAGCCCUACUACGCUUCUCUCACCUUCCAUGGGCUGAAGCCCUGGAACCUUCCGGACCCGGAGGCCACCAGCACCACCGAGUAUUCAGAGAUCAAGAUCUGCAAGUGACGCCUCCAGCCAGCUCCUGCAACCGCUGGCUAGAGGGCUCAGGGCUUCUCAGGAAGGGACACCUCCGGGACAAUUCCUGAGUGAAUAGUUUUCCACAGAAACGGGUCGCCAACCGGUGUGGUGUGUUGGCAUCCACCUGUGUGGGGAUGGGCAGAGCUGGGCUCACAUUUCAGCCAGUCACCGAUAAAUUACAAGCCGGUGCAGAGAGAGCAUUUUGCCCGAGGUCACGGGCUCUUCCCAGGGUAACCGACCUGGUCAGGAGGAUUCCUGACCCGCCCCCCGCCCCGCCCCACUCUGAGCCUGCUUUCUGGAAACCCAACUUGUGUAUUGUCACCACACGGAAAACCAUUCCCGGAUUUUCUGCAAUAAAUGACAGGUUAUCUAAAUUAUAUACCCUCCUUCUUUGUACGUCCCGGAUGUUUUUGGUUCUCCUUAACAGUUGUUUCUUCUUCUUGUAGAAUUCGCUUAUGGGAUUCCUUGCGGUUAGGAUCUGUGUUUCAUUUACAUUGUAAAAUGUGUUAACCUUAAAAGAAAAACUGCCAGCUUCGUUACCAGCAAAAAUGGGUUCGUUGGGGAAGAAAAGAGAAUUGCAGUUGUGGACACACAACUUGCAACAAAACCCUAGGCAAGUCUAGGGAAGGGAGAGGCACACGUUUAAUGGAGAAAAGGGGCCAAUGGGGGAAGGCUUGGAAGUAUGCUGGCUUCCCAUUGGCUGAACUUUGGGGGCAGGGGUGGGGAUAAGAAAAGCCUCUCCGCUUCCCGCUGGGUUCGUAGAGCAGUAGCCCCACGCAAGGCCCACCCCGCGCAAGGUCAAGUCGGCCUCUUCCGGUUGGGUCUGCAAUUGACUAUGCGUGGCAGUGCGUUAGCGCUCUCGCGGCCAAAUCCUCCCGACUGCACUGUAGCGCAGUUUCUUGCUAUUAAUUUUCACUAUAGUUUUUACAGUGGUCACAUCCAAUUUAUUUUUUUCCAUUGAAUGUCCGUUUAAUUUCUUCUACUGUGUCCAUUAAUGAGAAAACGCGCUCAAUCUUAGCAUUAGACUUCGGCUCAGGUCAUGAUGUCGCGGUUCGUGAGUUCGAGCCCCGCGUCGGGCUCUGUGCUGACAGCUCAGAGCCUGGAGCCUGCUCCGGAUUCUGCGUCUCCCUCUCUCUCUCCCCUCCCCUGUUCAUGCUCUGUCUCUGUCUAAAAAAAUAAACAUUAAAGAAAAAAUUAAAAAAAAUUUUUUGAUGUGUCAAUGGGCACCUGGCCGGUUCAGUCAGUGGAGCAUGUGACUCUUGAUCUCAGAGUCGUGGGUUCGAGCCCCAUGGUGUAGAGAUUACUUAAAAAUAAAAAUCUAAAAAAAAAAAAAAAAGUGCUGUGUCGAAUUGUAUCUUUCACAGCACAAUUUGCUUAGCUGCAUCUCUCGAUCAAUAA